AUGGAUAGCAGGACUUGGAUCAUCUUACGCCGGCAACACCCUGGUCCAUUUUUUCUUUCAAGGAUUCGGGAGCCUCACAAAGGGCUCCAAACAUCAGCCACCAAGCUGUCUCUUCGGCUGCUUCCCGCAAUCUUUAUUGACAAUGAGGAUGAUGAUGAUGGGAACUUCACCAAAUGGAUGAGCAGUUACUGGGGACAUGGAGGAAUGGAGGAGCAUGCCAAGAAACGGAAGAUGAGCUUCAGGUGGCCAUUGCGCAACAAAGCUGACCGGCGUGCCUCUUUGCCCUGCAUGUCUCAACUAGGAGCUAUGCAGUUAAAUCAGCUUCAUACCAACACCAUGCCUCCUGCUGCCAUCCCCGUAAAGACCCGUGAGGAAAAGGAGGUGCACUCCCACCCUCGAGCCCGCCGUGUAUCUUCAGACGAAAACAGCCGAGCCAAAGUAGGACCUGAAUGUCACAUCACCACAAUUCCAGAGCUCUCGGAGUCCUUAGAGAAGAGACUGCGUUUCCACAACAAGAAGGUGAAACCAAUGGGUGAUGCAGAUAGCAUUUGUCUUAUUUGUCAUGAAGUUUUAUGGAAAGAAAGGGGUAGUGUCCAAAAACUUCACUGUGCCCAUCAUUUCCAUAAAGAGGCAAAAUGGCCGGAGCACGGUGCACGUCCACGUAGCAGGAGUUCUGCAGCUGCAUGUGAUCGAGGGAAGGAGGUACCAUUCUGCCCUGGACAGGAGGAAUAUCGCUUGCCCAGUCGCCAUCUCUCUUUAAACAGACAGCGUUGAUUGUUUCCAGUGUAACGGCUUGGCCUGGAUACAUACCAACUGCUAGACUGUUUGCCAUGCAAUUAUUUUUUGUAUUACUUGGACACAAAGGAUCCGAAGCAAAUCUCUUUUUUUCCCAUUUAUAAAUUGUUCAAUGCGAUACAAAGAACUACAUUAAUCUCUGUUUUAACCAUUUGGUGAGUGCCAAGUCAUGUUUAGAUUAUUUAGAUUUCAUAAAUAUUACCACAUUACAACUAAUAAUGUCAUGUUUAUUUCUUGUUUGCAGUUUUCUUAUGGUAAGAAUGAUAUGAACCAUAAUACGGUUAUUAUAUCCUAUGUAUUAGUAAACUGUCAAUCAGUUCUAAUCGAGUUAACAUUGAUGGAUCACAUACAUUUCUCAGUUAUUAUUUUUUUGUGAUGUAGGAUAAUUUUGUUGCUCAUUGUAUACCACUAUUUUUAAACACAACUAAAAUGCUGGGCUCCGAAAUACUGAAUAUUUCUCAAAAAUGCAUGUUAGCUUGUUGCGUGCAAGACUGGAUAACUAUGAAUGCUGGUGUAAUUGUAAAUAUGCCCUAGAUUUACAGGUCAUAUGACAGUGAUCUAUGUUACUGUUGUGAAGAUACAGUACAAUAGCUUGUUAAAUGCACAUGCUGGAAAUUAGCUGGUGGCUAAUCAAGCCAUUGUAAUGGAAAUCAAUGAUGGUCCAAAAUUCUGCCACACAGGAACAAAGGGCAACAGAUCUCUGUUUUUUAUGCAUGUAGUUUUCAUAGUAGUGCAACUGUCAUCUCCAC